AUGAUGAAAGUGUGGACUUGUGGAUGCCUCUGUCCUCGAACUUGCGCUGAUCUCGUCGAGAGGGUGAAGAGCUUCGCGAAGCGUUAUCCGAACAGCAGGACAGCCCAGGCUUGCAAGGCUGUGGAGGGAUGCACCCCCGACGCUAUCGCAGAAGCCAUCCGCUCGACAUGUCAGCAGGCACGACGUGAGCUUCUGCAAGAAGCAAUGACUGGAUGGAGUGACGCAUCCAGAGAGUGGUUUAUGCAGCAGAUUGAAGAAGCCAAGAAGGAGAAGGUCGAGACAUACACCGCCUCAGCAGGCAACGAGACCCGAGACUCGAUAGCGAGUGCUGAGGAGAUCCCGGGAAGAGAGGACUUCGCGGUCGAUGGUCGCAAGUUCACAGCUGUACAUGUCACAGUGAGCAUCGUGCACGAUCGAUCUUUCCAGAUUCGAGCCAAGAGAGGACCCUGGGGCAAAGGGGGCAGCUUGGCAGAGCUGACCCACCUGCUAACCUUGGGCGGCAUGACAACAGCAGAGAUAGCUGCCGUCUAUCGCUAUCAGCUGCUGCGCCAGUCCCUUGCAGCGGUCCAACUCCAGCCGCUGGCAGGCAUGCUGGUCGCUGGGGCGCCAGGCCAGCAAGUCCACAAAGGCUUAGGUCAGAAAGGCUUCAUCGCUGUAGGGGCCAACGUCAUCUGGAGACAGAGGGAGGUGGAGUGGAUCGUCUCCUCGAGCUGCCCAGAGGCGAAUGAUACAGCAUUUCGAGCUUUCCGAGAGAGCGAAGCGAUGGAGGGAAAGAAGGCAGGCGGCAAGGACGGCAAGGAGAUCAAGAUCAUCAUCAAGUCGCCGACGGCGGCAUCUGGUCGCUUCACGAGGAAGGAGAUGGAGGGGCUGUGCAACGGCGGCAACACGUCCAUCGCAAGAGUCAAGAGAGUCUUGUUGGAGAUCGCUAACAGGCUCGAGAUCAAAGUUGAAGGCAUCGACAUGGAGGAGGAUUUGAACACCAAGUCCUGGAACGGGUCCUGGCAAGCUAUGCAUCCUCCUCGGCUCCACGGAGGAUGCUCGAUGCAUGAUGAAGGAGCUGCCCUUCUAUCUCGAAGGCGCAGCAACUAA